AUCUUCUCUCUUAAGCCACAAAGAUUAGAUCUUUAGACACGUCUCUGUCACCACAACUACACUACUUGCUGUUACAAAAAAGACCGACCCUGAUUCAUACACGCACACAUACAUUAAUACUAUAUAUGUAUAUAUAGGGUUUAAGUCUUAUCUUCUCCUCUCCUCGGCUACAACGUCGACGACAAUGGCGUCUCUUUUAACCUCUCCCUCAACAAAGCCCAAACCUUUCUUCCUCUCUUCUCCUCCACGACCUCUAAGAACCCCACCCUCGUUGAAUCUCACCGGAAUCUCACUCACCCACAACCAAAAGCUCGCUCCUUUCAAGCUGCCCAGUCUCGCAUUCAAGGCUCCGAAGCGAGAUGUCGCCGCAGCUGCAGCCGCCUCGGAGACUGGAGAAGAUUACAGAAGGAUUCUACUUUCGGAUGUGAUGGUGAAGAAGAAGACAGAUAAAGCAGUUUGGUGGGAGAGAGAAUGGACUUCGAUGGAUUUUGGAGCUGUUGCUGUUGUUGUCUCAAUGCAUUUGCUUAGCUUGUUGGCUCCGUUUCAGUUUAAUUGGAGAGCUGUUUCGGUUGCUUUUGUGCUUUAUAUUGUGACGGGUCUCUUGGGGAUUACUUUGUCUUUUCAUAGGAAUCUUACUCAUAGAAGCUUUAAGCUUCCUAAGUGGCUUGAGUACUUGUUUGCUUAUUGUGGAGCUCAGGCUCUUCAGGGGCAUCCAAUUGAUUGGGUGAGUACACAUAGGUACCAUCAUCAGUUUUGUGAUUCGGAUAAAGAUCCUCAUAGUCCACUUGAAGGGUUUUGGUUUAGUCAUAUGAAUUGGAUGUUUGAUACUAAUACUAUCACACAAAGGGUUGGGGAGCCUAAUAAUGUUGGGGAUUUGGAGAAGCAGCCGUUCUAUCAGUUCCUUAAAACCACCUACAUUUGGCAUCCGGUGGCUCUAGCGGCUGCUCUAUACGCAAUGGGUGGCUUCCCCUUCAUCGUUUGGGGAAUGGGUGUAAGAAUAGUAUGGGUAUAUCACAUAACUUGGCUAGUAAAUUCAGCUUGUCAUGUUUGGGGAAACCAAGCUUGGAACACUGGAGAUUUGUCUAAGAACAACUGGUGGGUAGCAGCUCUGGCUUUUGGAGAAGGAUGGCACAACAAUCACCAUGCGUUCGAGUUCUCUGCUCGGCAUGGACUUGAAUGGUGGCAAUUUGAUAUGACUUGGUACGUCGUUAGGUUCCUCCAGGCCAUUGGCUUAGCAACCGAGGUUAAGCUGCCAUCAGAAGCUCAGAAACAACGAAUGGCACUGACUAGUGAUUCUUCGUAAUACUAUGUCAUCAUGACCGGAAAUCAAAACUGUUGUACGAUUCGAGCUAUGAAAAUUAAAGAGGUUUUGUUUUUGGUGUGUUUCAUAUAUAGGUAUAUAUCUAUGCAAGAGAGAGUGUAUGUGACAAACUGUUUAUGAAUUUUAAGCAUCUUAUUAUUAAAUUCAAUACACGCCAAUGACGAAACAAAGA